CCCCACAAACUCGGGCCAGCUCCGAUUUCAUUUUCACACUUGAUGAACUUUGAAAUCUGUAUGUGUGUGUGUUGUCUUUGGAUCAUAACAAUAAAGACGGGGGAUUAUUAGGUCAUCAUGCAAAUUUUCUGUCUUUACUACGUGUGUUAAUCAGCUGGAGUUCAAUUUCUCUGUAGAUAUUUAAGUUGGCUUUUUAUAUUGGAUAAGGUGGAGAGGAAUGCUCAGGUAGUUUAAAUGUUUGAGCUACAAUUAAAGGAAUGUAGUCCGAUUAUAUUGUGUACCGCAUGUCUAGUGAUAAAGAGAUUUCAGUUGGAAGGUCACACAUGAAUUUAUCAAACGGGAAAGGUAUCAGUUGUACGGGCCUGACAUCCUCCACCAAGGGAGAGCACUCUCUCAUCACCAGAUAAAAUGUGAAUUUGAUUGAAAAAAAAAAGUCCAACAUGGUGAAGUAAAUUUGAAAGAAGAUGUUAGGUGGUCAAAAGCCCAACAUACAAUGUCUACAUGUUCAGGGGAUAUUACUCUGGAAAGUACAGAACGUUAUAUAAAGUGUGAUCCUGGAGUGUGAAGCGAAGAAGCCGAGUCUGGAGGCCGCAGACACCGCCGGCACCCCGUCAGCUACCGCCAAGAUGCUGCCGGAAUCAGCUGACAAAGUAGCCACGGAACUCAACGGCACCGCCGUCAAAUCUGAGGUCAAGGCUGAGGUCAAGGAGGAACCAUCAGAGGAGAAUCGGAGCACGGAACUGUGUACCAAUAACUCCUCAGGACCGCCCAGUAACAAACUGACCAAUGGGGAGUCGGAAAACAACAACCAUGCCUUUGACAAAGCGAAAGUGAAAGAAGAGAAAUUGCCUCCACAAACUCUGGCGGAGGUUCUCAGUGAGGACACAGAUGACAGACGAUCCUCCCCUGCCAAAGUCCCCCCUCCUCUGGGCCCCAAUAAGACGCCCCAGCCUCCCAAAACAUCCAAGUCACCCAUAGCUGCUGCCCCCAUCACGUCCCGGGGGACUCCUCCGGCCAGUCACCCCCACCCUCAGCAGGCCCCGCCCACCAGCGGGGAUUCCCAGUUCAUGCAGCAGCAGAGCCAGAUAUUUGUGUUCUCCACGCAGAUGGCUAACGAUGCAGCGGAGACUGUGAUGGCGGGACAAUAUAAGAACAUUCUCUCAUUCCACAUGGACCAACCCAACACAAAAAAGUUCCUUCAGAAGCAUCAGAUGAAGAUUCACCCAUUUGCUGGAAAUUCUGGAGGAAUGCCCCCUCGGAAUGUGAGGCCAAGUCUGAUGAUGAAGAACCAGGGAGGAUCAGGGGGACAAUUCCCCCCAAGUUCCUCUGUGGAACAGUGGGUCCAGCAACAGAACGCCCAGCUACAGGAACAGUAUAGCUUCCCCCCGGGCAUGAACUCUAGAAGUGGGAGUAACCCAGGCAUGCCUCAGUGGCAAGGGGGCAUGAUGGGUGAAGGGUUUGAUUCUAUGGCAAUGGCCGGGGGACUAGGACCUCACCAUCCCAGUCUGAGUCAACAAAAAGUGCCUAAUGAAAAUUUAACCCCUGAACAGUUGAAAAAAAGAAAAGACGCCUUGCAGAACUUGCAGAAAAUACAAGAAAUGUUGUUUCCGGAACAACACCCCCAACAUUUUGGUCCAGGACAGGGGCCUGGGCCAGGGAUGGGUGGUGGAAUGAUGCAGGAAGGGAUGCCAGGGGGCCCCAUGAUGCAGCAGAACAUGAUGUCUCCUCCACACAAGAGAAUGAACACACAACAGAGUAUGCCCGGCCAUGACAUGAUGCCCCAGCAGGGUAUGAUGGGACCUGACGGCAUGAUCGGUUCUCCAAAUAACAUGAUGCCCAUGUCGCAGUAUGGUGCAGGCCCAUCCUUCAUGGGCCCGCGAGGCCCCGGUCCACAGGGAAUGCACAACAUGUCCCCAGCACAGCACGAGUGGCAACGUCUGCAGCGUGAAUUCUAUAUGGAGAAACGUCAACAAGGUAUGGCUCAGCGUAUGGGCCAUCCUAACAUGGAAAUGGCAGGAAAUGGGCCUCCCCCUCCUUCCUACCAACACUCAAUUGCUCAAAAGCGUGGCUCUGUAAGCUCUACCUCUCCUAACUGUAAUGGACCUCUUGGGUCUCCCCCACUGGUUUCACAGGGUGUUUUUGAUUCACAUGACAUGUUUUCUCAAGGACCACGUAGGUCUUCGUUUGGAUCUCGAUCUCUUGAACAAGGACCGAUGAUGAAUCCUGGGAUGGCUCCCGGUGGCCAUUUUGAUCCCAUGAUGACUAACUUACCAGGGUCAGGAGCUAUGGCACCUGGCAUGCCUGGUCCCAUGCAUGGGCGACAGCAAAAAACUUCACGUCGGAGCAGUUCCUCAGAACUGCAGCGUGUAGGCAAUCCCGAACCCCUCCUACCUGAUCUGGUUCCCAGUAGGCCGUCGUCGGGAACCAGUGUAGGAAAUAGUGUAAGUAAGCCACCACCUAGCUAUGCACAACAUGCACAAUCACAGAAAAGGAAACGAUCCGAAAUCGAGGAAGACCUCUACAAAAAUUUACAACCUACACCCUCCCCCCAGCAAAUUAAUUACCUCAACCAGUUUGAAGGACAGGAGCUAACAAUUACAAAACAACUCAAUUCUGCAUAUCGUGACCCAAAUACACCGGAAAAUCAUGGACCGGGAAAUCAGUUUGGAUCAAAUCCUGUGGCUCAUUCACCCAUGCAUUUGAAUUCAGGAACAAACAAAGGCCCCAUGUCUAACUCAAGUCAAACUUCCAGUGUAGGACCUUUAAAUAGCCCAGGACCUGUUCCUGGGCCUAACCCACUCUCCGGAGCCAACAUGAGACUCUCGCAUUAUGACCCACCCCCUGUGACAAACUCUACAGCUAAUAGCAUGUCUUCAACUAAUGUGUCAUCUAGUGCUCCCCCUACCCCAUCAAACAAAUCAUCUCUCUCCAACAUCACUUCAUCUUCGCUCGCUGACUUAGCCAAGGGGGUCGAACAUUUAUCAAAUCAAAUGCAACAAAACAUGAUGCAGGGAGGACCUUUUCAUAGUAUUCAAAUGCAAGGACAGCAAGCAACAUCAAAUACAAGUACAUCACAAUCCUCAACGAUUUCAUCCGUGUCAUUGACAGAAUCACAAACAAACACAACACCUAGUGUUAACAAUACAUUUGUGAAUGCCACCAUGUCCAUACAACAGUUAAAUAUCCAAAGUGUCAAUGCGGGCCCAGGUGGGCAGAAUUACCCAAAUUCUCAAAUGAAUGUGCAACAAAUGAAUAUGGAGCAAAUGGGUGGAAUGUCAACAUCGGCCUCUGGGCCAGGGCAUCCAAAUAUGACCCCAUCAUCUGUGUCCAUGUCGCAGGGCCAAGCCAUGAUGGGCAAUCCAAGCAUGGGCCAGGGAGAUAUGGGCAAAAUGCAGCAGCAACAAGCAUCUGUUCAAAUGGGCAACAAAAUAAUGAUGGCCCAAAAUCAGCAGGCUUGUCGGCCAGGUUCUCCAAACAUACAUUCAGGCAACACGCUGGGAAAUGCAAGUGUUCAAAUUCAGUCCAAGACCCCCAAUACAAUUCAGUAUCUGCCUGCCCAUCCUCCGGCGAACCAGCCAAAUCCACCACAGAAACCACCUGAUCUCAACUUCAUGCAAAGAUUCACGACACCAAUGAGCAACUUCGAUUCAAAAGUACCCACCUCUAAAGUGCAGUAUUUCCCAAACCCUCAGGAUCAAGUCAUGAGGCCUGGGCCUGGGAGGCUGUCACCAUUUGCUGGGGGGCCACAAAUGGGGGGAAUGCCUCCACAACACAUGAUGCAGCGAGGAGGAUCGGCUGGACCUGAAUUCUCCUCCAUGGGGCCUGGGGGCCCUCCAAUGGGAGGAAUGAAUGAUAUGAUGAUGAACAACAUGGGGGAUAGUAUGGGCCCCAUGGGGCCAAAUAUGGGAAACGUGCCACCAGGAAUGAUGCCUGGUUCAAAUGAGCCGGGAAUGAUGCAAGGUAACAUGCGAAUGUCUCCAGGUAUGAUGGCAAUGGAUCCCAUGGGUCCGAUGUCCCACCCUAACUCACCACCCUACGACAUGGGGCCUGAGCAGAUGAUGGGGCCAGGGCCCGGUAUGAUGGGGGGACCAAUGACUUCUAGGAGGCCCUCUAGAGGAUUUCCCCCUGAGAUGAUGCAAGGAAGAGGUCCAGCAUCCAUGGAGAUGAUGCCAGGAGGCAGCUCAGCAGCAAGGCUCUCGGCCAUGAGUAACUUUGGGCCAUCAAUGCCACCCCACGGGGGACAAAUGGCCCACGGAGGGAUGAGGAUGCCCGGAGGGCCAGGAAUGGGGAUGGGAGGCCCACAGGGGGGAAGUGUAUCUUACAGUGCACAGUAUCAACAAUUCCAACAACAGUUAUAUUCUCAAGGACGUCCGCGACAAAUGUCACCCAUGGAGGGCCUGAUGGGGGGACCAGGUGGGCAGUACAUGGGCAUGAUGCCCAAUAUGCCCGGGCCUUAGUGACCUUGACAUUCAGUGAGGAAUCUGUUGUUACUUGUUGAUUAUUAUGUAAAUUUUUUUCUGAUUUACUUUAAUAUAUAAUUGAUUGACACUAGAAAUUCUUUAGGGGUACACAUGCUGUUUCAAAAAAAUGCUUGAAAAAGUCACAAUCUUUGUUAGUCAGGGACCAUAAAUCAUAUGUAUAUGAAAGUCUGCUAAGUUUUUUAAGGUUUAUAUGUAUUGUUUUGUUGAGUCACACCUUGAUACUGAAUUUCUACAAAGUGCACAUUAUGGAUGGACAGACAUUUCACUGCUAUUUGGUCUUAUACAAUAACUUGUUAAAGAAUUGGCGAUAUUUUAAAUUAUAAUGUGUGAUUCACACUCGUUCUAGCUAUAGAAAGAACUUACCUGACAUUUGAUUUUCUGGUUGUGAUAUGGAUUUUUUUUUUUUUUCAAAGUGCUACCAAAUUUUUAUUGUACAGUUUUAUACACGUUUAAAUAUUGACUAAUGAACCAAAUACUCAGAACAUUUUCACUUUUUUUCUCCAUGCCCUGUUUUGUAUCGAAAUUGAGAAACUAAUUUCUGAAAAAUACAUCUGUAAACAAAAUAAACUCAUUUCAUUUUCUCUUUCAUCAAAUUAUUUUGAAAAUUGAUAGUAGGGUCUCAGAGAACACAUUUUUUUGAAAAUUGGAAAAUAUUUUAUGAGCUCGGCAAACAGAGGACAUUGGCAUUUGUGAUUAUAAAGUAAAUAAGGGUACUAAAUAACAACAGGGUAUAGCUUGUAUUAAAUGAAACAAAUACUACACAUUAAUAAUUUCUUGUCAUUGAUAGACUUGAUUAUAUGUGAACAAAGAUAUUCAGAAGUUAUUUCAUAAGAGUUGUUUCCCUUGCAUAGAAGCAGGACGUGUAGGUAGCUUUAGUUGUUUUUUUUACCAAAGGAUGACCUACAUUUUCUCUUAUACCAAAAUUAAACAUCACUUGGUCUGGAUUAAAACGCUAGCCAGAUCAGUUUAUUUUCCCGUAAUUAUGGUAUGUCUUUCAUUUGUACUUCACACAAAUUUAUGUUUACGUCCAUCAGUGAUAUUAUAUGACACUAUUGAAUUAUUUUGCUACAUUGAAUGUGUAUUUAACAUUUUUAAGCCAUCAUAUUAAACAUCGAACAAGAUUUAAAUACACUGCAAGACAUGACAUGUACAUUGUGUGGUUGUUGACAAUUUAUAUUUUGUCUUUUUUUUUUCCAAGAAACUUACAGGUUUUUUUUUUUUCUUAUACAUGUAUUUAAUAAGGAUGUCAUUUUGGCUACACUUAUAACAAAGACUUUAUAGUUCUCUAUAUAUUAUAUACAUGUCUUAUAUAUAUAUAUAUAUAUAUAUAUCUAUGUCGACAUAUUGUAAAUACGUCAUGUACAUGUAAUGGUGUCAUAAAUGACCAGCCUCCAUCCAGAUGUUACAUUUCUGUAAAUACUUCUUCAUUCUGUACUUAAUGAAUGACAAAGAGCAUAUCAUUUGAUGUAGAAGGAUUAUAUACAUACUGUUAUAUAUAUAUUUCUGUUGUCAAGGAAACAUGACCUUGACCCUUGACUGCUCUGAAGUUCUACUCGUGCAAUACAAGCACCAUUAUAUUUAGACUUUUUUUUUGUAGUUUAUUGAACAAGAGAGGUAUGUGUGAAUUCUGGACAAAACAAUGUGGCUUCUUUACAAGAUAAUAGGCUUAAUUCUCUGUCUGUUAA